UUUGUGAUUUGAACUUUUGAAUUUUGAUAAUGUGGUGAAAUGUAAGAAUAAAGUACUUUGAAUGUUCUUGUUUUGUGGUAUUAACUUUCUUUUUUCUAAAAUAUUUUCUACAUCAACUUUAAAUCGCAGCGAUGAGUAAUAUAUACAUUCAAGAACCAUCCACCACUGGCAAAGUUCUGCUGAAAACCACUUUCGGCGACAUCGACAUCGAAUUAUGGUCUCGAGAAGCUCCAAAGGCUUGCCGAAACUUCGUGCAACUAUGCAUGGAAGGGUUUUACGAUGGUAACAUAUUCCAUAGAGUUGUUAAAGGAUUUAUUGCUCAAACAGGAGAUCCAACGGGCACUGGCACUUGUAACGAAUCGAUUUACGGCACACCUUUUAAAGACGAAAUUCAUUCUCGUUUGAGGUUUGUUCGACGUGGUUUGGUUGCUUGUGCCAAUGCAGGUAAAGAUGACAAUGGGUCGCAGUUUUUUUUCACUUUUGCAGCCACACCAGAACUUCAAGGAAAACACACUAUAUUUGGAAAAGUUGCCGGUGAUACUGUAUAUAACUUAUUGCAUCUGGAAAAAGCUAUGGUGGAUGAGGGUGAUCGACCUGUUUAUGAGCAAAAGAUAAUAAAAACCAAAAUACUGAAUAAUCCGUUCGAUGAUAUUGUUCCUCGUGUUACUAAAAAAGAGAAAGAAAAAUCAGAAAAAACUGAUUCAAAAAAGAAGAAAGAAGAACGCGGAGUAAAGAAUUUCAAAUUAUUAUCAUUCGGCGACGAAGCGGAAGAAGAUGAACUGGAGACAACAAUAGAAAAUAAGAAAUUUGAAGGAAAAAGUAAAUCUACUCACGAUGUGUUAAAUGAUCCUAAAUUAAGUUCUAAAACGUUAAGUGACGAGGAAAAAGGAAAGGAUUCUAAUGAUACCGACGAUGACGAUGAAAAAGAAAAGACGACAGAAACUCAACUACGUUUAGAGGAUAUUAAGAAUAAAUUGAAAGGUGCAAAAAAGAAAGACACUCCCAAACCUAAGGAAGAAUCAUCUGACGAAGACGAAUUAUGGUCAAGUGUGAAGAAAGAAAAAAAAAGAAAAUUAGAAGAAAUUAGGUCUGAAAUCAAAAGUCUUCAACGAGAGAAUCGCCGAGAAAAAAAACAGAAAGUUGAAAAAGAAGAAACCGAAAAGAAAGAAAAAUUGGAAAAAAGUGAAAUUCUCGAUUCUUACGAAAAGGAAAAAGAAAAGUACACUCAACUAAGUAAAACGGUGAAAUUGAAAGGAAAAUCAAGGGAAGAUCUUACAGCUGAAUUACUCAAGAAGUUCAAUCAAAAACUGGCCACCGUUGAGAAUGAAGAGUGUGAAAAUCCAAGCGAAAGUAAAGAAGCCGAAGGAAGUGAACCUGCUGACGAUUGGACGGAUCUACUGAAUCAUCGUUUAGAAUGUGAUUCAAAUGACGUUUUGGCAAAAGAUGCCAAUACCAAAGCAGAUGAUUGGUACGAAAUUUACGAUCCUAGAAAUCCUAUCAAUAAACGAAGAAGGGAAUUGAGUAAAAAGCAGCUAUCUGAAAAAGGAAGAGCAAAAGAUCACUUAUAAAAAUAAUUUGUGUGUAAUCUAAAAUUUCAUCUGUGAUAAUGACCGAGUUAUGAAUAAUUAAUUUGAUUUACAUGCUUAGAUACUGAAUUCAUCGAUUUUCUUAAUCAUUAAUUUCAUGUGUAUGAUAUUAGUGCUGCCAAAUGUAAAUAAAUAAAGUAUAAUUUCCUUCUAAUAA